AUGAUCCAUACCACCUCCCUCAAGGGUUUCUUCUCAACUCCAAACGCCAUCAUCGUCAUCCUCGCACGCCGCGACACAUGCAAGACGUCUUCGAGCACCACCCCCUCCAAAAACGCCAUCACCGCCAUGGCCGACAGCGCCGAACCACCGUCCUCACCGGGCUGCCCAUUGAGCCCAAUGACCCCAGACCGGGCCAACAAAGCCCAACAAGCUCGUAACCUAUUUACCUCACCUCGCAGUAGUCCUGGAGGUCGAGAUAGCUCCGUCCACGAGAAGAUCUCCCAGUUCAACAAUCUCGCCAUGCAGUCCAAGACUCUCGAGCGCAAGACCGCUGAUGCCGCCCUCAAACGCGCCAUGCUGGGUCGCGAGGAGGCCGAGACCGAGCUGCGCAGGUACAAGGACGAGUCCAAGGUCUUGCGCGUGCAGCUGGAAAAGGGCAAAGAGCGAGAGCAGCGCGUGAGCGAGCGUCUCGAAACCGUCAUGGAACAAUACGGUCGCGCAAAGGAAACCUACGCACACACGAAAGCAGCAUGGGAGAAGGAAAUCAAGCUCGCACGCAAAAAGACAUUCAAGAACGAGUCCCAAAUCAUCAAGCUCCAAGAAGAACUAAAGGCUUCUCGCGAAGGCUGGCGCCUCGCCUCCGACAACCUCGACGCCGAGAAGUUGCGCAACAAGGCCCGCGAGGAAGAAGCUUUCCAAGCUCGCUACCAGAUGGUAGGCAUGGAGCAGGAACUCGGCGAGGCUCUCGAGCGCAUCAAGAUGCUCGAACAGGAACGCGACGUCUACAAGACCCUCGCCAAGGAGGAAGAGGUCGCCCGUAUCGCCGCCGAAGGCCGUAUCCCCCUGCCCAAGACGGCCAACGCCGCGCCCGACGACGAGUUUGCCUCGCCAAAGAAGAAGGGACCGCGCUUCUCUCUCUCCACGGUCGACAUCAUCUCAUCCGCCGCCAGCGAAGGGGAGAUCGAGGAGCUGUCACUCCAGGUGUCGUGGGAGCGUCAACGUGCGGAUCGUGCUCAGGAGCUCGUCGAUUUCCUUCAGGCAGAGUGCGAAUUGCGUUGCUGCCCAUGCGCCAAGUCUCACAGGAGAAGAAGCCUCGUCUCUCCGAGGCAAAGCCUGGCUUCAAACAGAGCGAGCAUCUUGUCACCCAAGCGCAGACUGAUGCCGCCAGCUGAGAUUGCCGAUGCCAGCGAUCUGGUUCUCCUCCGUGGAGGUAGGGAAUCGUCUCCAUCAUUGAGGGCAUCAUUGAGCCCGCCAGUCGAAGACGCUCCCUUCAAGAAGCUAGCUGCGCAUAGGAGAUCUAAGGAAGAGAGGAGAAGCACCAUCUUCUGUGCCCGUGAGGGUAUUUUCCGAACUGUUUCACAGCAAGAAGCCGACGAGAUCGAGGCACAGGAAGAACGAGGAAGACGAGUGAACGAGUCAAGUGAGGAGUCCCCCAACGAACCUCCUACACCACACGAUGCUCCAGAGAGAUACUCGCGGACGCCCUCCCUCGAACCCCCAGACUUUGCUGUUCUUGCGCAAGAACGUAUGUCUCUGGCAUCACUUCUCAAUGCACCCCACGGUGGUGCCCACGGUGAAGUCCACACCGCACCUCUCCCUUCCAUCCCCACCAUGCCCGACACUGAGGAACGCCCGGCAUCCCGCUCCUCAAGGGGCCCCUCGCCAUCGCCCGAUGAUACACUUCGACCCCACACCUCCGCAGCUUUCUACACCAAGACCACGACGACAACCGUCCCCGUCCGCGACGAUAAGCCUCGACCACAGCCUCGGUUCGAGCGUGCGCGUACACCUUCUGGCGGUGACUGCCAAAUGUCCUUUGAUAUCAAUAACCCCGCCAUGACCCCGACCAUGACCCGCGAGGAGGCCCUGGCUCGUAUCCGCGAACGUCGCGGACGCGCCAAGUCCAUCGCCCAAGGCACUGCGACACCCCGCAAGAAGAUGAUUGAGGGCGCCGGCGAGCGGCGAGAUGUUAGCGCCCCCGCCGGUCAGACGGUUCCCAAGGCCAAGGCAUAG